GGUCCUCCCUCUAACCAGUAAUCUGGGUGUAUGCACAACCCAUAAUAACGUUCUUAUAAAGUAAUAAGACAAUGCUAUGGUGAAACAGAUUCAUUCCUCAGACGUAAGAUGAUCCUGUGAAAAUAACUAAAACAAUCUAAUUCAAAUCUUUCACUGUAGUCCUGCUGCUAGCAAAUCGUAAUUUACUACAUUUCCCACUCGACCUUGCGAAUAUUAAUCUUAUUUCUAAGCCACUCCCAAGACGUGAACUUUGAGCUGGCGUCUUGUCAAAAGGGUCAGGGCUAAUGUUCGAUUUCACUUUGAUUUCGCCGAUACUUCUGGACCUUCUAGACAUGACCAUGGGCAGCACGUUAGCAAAAUGUGCUGUUACUGACCUGGGAAUUCAAUGGGUUGGGUGGGCACUCGCCUCAGUUUUUAAAACUGAAAAGUUUUACGAUUUAGCAGGGUCUGGCACAUUUGUUGCGCUGGCUCACCUGAGUCGCAUCUGGGGAGGGACUGGACACCUGCGGCAGAACAUACAGACAGGCCUGGUUACAGCAUGGGGACUGAGGCUUGGAACUUUCCUCUUCCUGAGGAUUCUGAAGGAGGGACAAGACCGCAGGUUCAAUGGUGUCAGAGAGAGCCCUGGGACGUUUUUUGUGUACUGGACUGUGCAAGCUCUCUGGGUCUUCAUCACCCUCCUGCCCACACUCAUCCUUAACAGUGAGAAGCGUGAUGUGCCCCUGGGGCCAACUGACUAUGUCGGCUGGGGCAUCUGGGGGCUGGGGUUUGCUACAGAAGCCAUUGCAGACCAGCAGAAGUGGAACUUCAAACGAGACCCUGAUAAUGUUGGCAAGUUCAUCCAGAGUGGCCUGUGGGCCUACAGCCGACAUCCAAACUACCUAGGGGAGAUCCUACAGUGGUCUGGCUUAUUCCUGUCAGCGUCAUCAGUCAUGCGCGGCCCGCAAUACCUGAGUGUGGUGUCUCCUUUGUUCCUCUGGUUCCUCUUGCGCUAUGUGAGUGGGAUUCCCAUGCUGGAGAAACAGGGUAUGAAGAAGUGGGGUGCCGAUCCGGCCUACCAGACCUACAUUCAGAACACUCCCCGCCUCUGGCCCUGGCCAAAGUUCUGAGAGAAGCAUUCCUAUUGGUGCCAAUGAGAUAACUGGUGUUCCUUUUUUUUUCCUUUUUCUAUCGCUCUCAGCUUUUGCCACGUGUUACAAAAUCAUUCUGAUGGACAAUGUCACUUUGAAAACAAGUAUGUACAGCAUGAAGACACACUACCUCCUAAAUCCGUUUGUGUAAAAGCUUAGAUUAGAACAGAAAAAAAGUUUGAUGUGCAAAAUUUCUAUAACAGCAGCUUGGACUCGAGACUGUUCCUGACUGUAUCUGUUUACAGGCUGAAAUGGGCCUUUUGGGCGUUUGCAGUAAGAAAACAUACCCUACUUGCUGUAAAUUUACAGAUUCUAAUAAAGGCAGAUAAAUACA